UCUCUCUCUCUCUCUCUCUCUCAAACUCAGAUCUCUGAUUUUACUCUCUCAUCUCUUCUCUCUUUAUGGUGUUGAGGAGACCAACUUGGCACCACAGUGAAAACCCAGCUAACCCAGCCUUGAGGAGGCCGAUCAAAUGAAAACCCAACAAUGCUUAGAGUUGAGGAGGCUGAUCGGACUACGCUACUUCGUUGUGGACUGUGGGCCUUCGGUGGUGGUGGUGGUGGAGGGUUUUGGUGUUGGAAACUUUUUUGUUAUUCCAGAUACUUCUGCUGAAGCAUGGGAGGCGGACACUGUAAUGGCCUUACACAAAGAUAAUUUGCGUGUCAAAAUGGGUUAUGAGCUUGAAGAUGCUGUUAUAGCCAUUGUGGGAAGCCAAUUUAUGUAUAGGGGUUUGUGGUUGGAGAAUGCCAUCAUUUUACAGGCUUUAUUACCAGUUCUUUCAAACUUCCCGUUAGAUAAUAAUUCCAAUUCUAAUCUCAAAAUUGUGGUUCUAAGUGGGCAUUCAACAAGUAACUACGGCAUGGUAUUUUUGGAUAGAUUUAGUCAUCAUCUUAUUGGCUAUCUUGUUGUCGGCCAAAAUGGCAAAAUACCCCAUUCGUCCAAAAAUUCCAACAAAAUGCCCCUGUUCUAA